AAAGGGGAGGUGUGAACAGUCAUAAUCUGGAGUUGAUAGAAAAGAAAAGGGGCGAAGUGAAGCAGAAACUGCGAGCUCUGAGAGAAUGGAGGAAGAAGAAGAGAAUGCAACAGCGGCAAUGGUGAAGUUAGGUUCAUACGGUGGUUCAGUGAUGUUGGUGGUUCCUGGGGAGGAAUCAGCUGCGGAAGAGACCAUGCUUCUUUGGGGUAUUCAGCAGCCUACUCUUUCCAAACCCAACGCUUUUGUUGCUCAAUCUUCCUUGCAACUCCGCCUUGACUCUUGUGGUCACUCUCUCUCCAUUCUUCAAUCCCCUUCUUCCUUGGGCAAGCCUGGAGUAACUGGAUCAGUGAUGUGGGACAGUGGAAUUGUGCUGGGGAAGUUUCUAGAGCAUUCUGUUGACUCAGGAAUGCUUGUUCUACAAGGCAAGAAGAUUGUUGAAUUGGGAUCUGGUUGCGGAUUGGUUGGUUGCAUUGCAGCUCUUUUGGGUGGAGAAGUCAUUCUUACUGAUCUGCCUGAUAGGAUGAGGCUUCUCAGAAAAAACAUUGAAACCAAUAUGAAGCAUAUUUCUCUGCGCGGUUCUAUAACAGCAACUGAACUUACAUGGGGAGAUGAUCCUGAUCAAGAACUCAUUGACCCGACACCUGAUUACAUACUAGGAUCUGACGUGGUAUACAGUGAGGGCGCUGUCGUAGAUCUGCUAGAGACACUUGGCCAGCUAUCUGGGCCUAACACAACAAUUUUUUUGGCUGGGGAACUCAGAAAUGAUGCAAUUCUUGAGUACUUCUUAGAAGCUGCAAUGAACGAUUUCACAAUUGGCCGUGUGGAUCAAACGCUAUGGCAUCCUGAUUAUCACAGCAAUCGUGUUGUUCUUUAUGUUCUAGUUAAGAAAUGAUCAAGAUUAGUUUUGUGUAAUGCUGGUAGCAUAGCAUCAUUAUUCUUUCUUACAAGUUUCUUCAUUUUUUAAUAUAAACCUACAAAAGUUUGUGAUGUUGUGACAUUUGAAAUUUGAAUAGGAUGAGUCACGCAUAGGUUUAGUCAAAUAGUUAAUAAAGAUUCUAAGUUAUAGAAGUGAUGUUGUAAUUUAUUCUUUUCUUUGUUGGUAU